AUGGAUGCGGCUAGAUUCAUCUCCCUUCUUAUAAUAGUAUUGCCGUAUUUUUUCGAGACCUUCAGAGCACAUAAUAGUGGAGAAAGCAAAUUAACAAUUCAGCUGCAAAAUGGAGUAAUAGUUGGUAAUGAAGAGGCAGUACCAUAUGGGAGAAACAUUGAUACUUUCUUAGGAAUUCCUUAYGCACAACCACCAACUGGUGAACUAAGAUUCAAGGCUCCUCAACCGGCUAAACCAUGGAAAGAUAUUCGCAAAGCUGCUAACUUUGGUCCUCAGUGCUUGAGAGGACCAGUUAAGGGACAUGAUGGCCCUCUCGGUACUCGAAGUGAAGACUGUCUAUAUCUGAAUGUAUAUCGACCAGGAUCCAGGUCAAAAGACCAACAAUAUCCUGUCAUGGUAUGGAUACAUDGUGGUGGCUUCUAUCACGGAUCUGGAAAUAAAUAUAGUGGUUCUGUUUUGGCCAGCCAUCAUGGUGUCAUAGUAGUUACUAUCAACUAUAGACUAGGAUUGUUAGGGUUUCUACAUGCUCCUGGUACUGAACUUAAAGGAAAUUAUGGAAUGCUUGAUCAAUUAAUGGCAUUAAAAUGGGUCCAAGAGAAUAUUCACAGUUUUGGUGGAAAUCCAAAAUCUGUUACUGUAUUUGGUGAAAGUGCAGGAGGUGCAAGUGUUGAUUUAUUGAUACUAUCACCUCUAGCCAAAGGCUUAUUUAACAUGGCUAUUGUACAGAGUGGCUUUUCUACUGGUCCAUUUUCUUGGUCAAAAUCAAAAGACACUUUCCAAUAUGGUCAUUUUCUUGACAAACUAAAAUGUAAUGACAAGGAAGAUCUUGUUUUAUGUUUGCAACAAAAGUCAAGUGARGAAAUAAUUCAAUCUCAAGGCUUUUAUGACUACUUAUCRCUUGGCAGCUAUUACCCUGUCCCAGUAGUUGAUGGAGAAUUCCUACCAGAUGAACCAAAUGUUCUGUUAUCMCAAGGUAAAUUUAAUCAUCUUGAUGCUGUCAUGCUUGGCUGUAACAAAGAUGAAGGUACUUCAUUUUUGUCUGCAAUUGAACCAGAUAUUAAAACACCUGCUAAUAAAGAGUUAUUUGAAAAGAUGAUCAAGRAAAUAUGGUUUGUAGCCAAUGGUGGUAAUGAGUUAACCAGACAAGCUAUCUUGUAUGAAUAUACAAACCAUACUGAUCCACAUUCUCCAGAAAGUCUUCGUAAAAGUUGGACAGAUCUGAUGGGUGAUAGUUUCUUUGUUGCAUCAGCAAUAUAUUCAGCAAAGACAUAUUCAAAGGCUGGCAUAAAUACCUAUUUGUAUCAAUUCUCUCAUCGCUCUGCUUUCUCAAUUAGACCUAAAAAUUCAGGUGUACCUCAUUUUGAUGAGAUUCAGUAUGUGUUUGGGUCACCAUGGAAACCCAACGAUUACACUGAUAGGGUUAAGCAUUAUAAUGAUGUUGAGAGGGGACUCAGUACUAUGAUCAUGAGAAUGUGGACAAAUCUUUCUAAAUAUGGGAAUCCAGGAAAUAUUGACUUGGUGGACUGGCCCAAGUACACUGACCAUGAUCAGCAGUAUCUGGACAUAAGCCUGACUCCUAGUGUUAAAAGUCAUCUUCAUGCUGAUCGUGUUGUUUUCUGGAAUCACCUACUUCCAGUUCUAAAUAAAGUUGGGGGUUUGGGGACCAGGUACAUAUCAUCAUUUAACUCAAUAUACCUUGCAUUCUAG